AUGCCAGAUAAUUUAGAAAUUAUUAGAUUAAAUAAAGAUGAAGAAUUUGAGUAUUUUGUUAAUUAUAAAAAGACAUUUCACAAGUGGAGUUUAGAGGAACAUAGCAUUUUCACCAAAGCAACAUUAGAAUAUGAUAUUUUAAAGAUAGAUCAACUGAAUGAAAUACUUAAAGUUAUUAAUCAAUACAACCAAAAUAUAGGAUCAAAACAGAGAACACAAGAAGAAUUAAAUAUACAUAUUAAAGUGUACCAGAACUAUUUAAAUAAACAGCAAACACUAAGAACACCAUUAAGUGGAAAUUUAGCAUUAAAUACCAGCGGUGGUAGCUCACAGUCCUCAACAAACAAUAACCUAAAUACAGGUAUUAAUACUGGCAAUCCCAUUACAAAUAAUAGCCUAUCAUUAUUAAAUAAUGUUCAUAGUGUCAAUAGCAGUAUAAUGAAUAACGAUAUGUUUUUAAAUAAUAUGAUCACCAAUAACUACUUUUCAAUAAUAAACUCAUUAGAUAAUACCACUGGUAGCAAUCCAACCUCGAUAAAAGAUGUAUCAUCAAAUAACCCAUUGCUACAAAAAAACCAACCAAUUAAAUUAGCUUCAAGAGCAAUAUCACCACAACAAUCACCAAUUCUAACCUCAAAACCAAUUACAACUGCUGUUUCACUACCCCCCUUACCUACUAAUAGAAGCAAUGAUAAUAAUGAAAUUAACAACUCCAAUUUUGCACCAGAAUUAAAUAAAAAAGAUUUGAAAAUUCUUAAAGAACCUUGGACAGCCGAAGAUCAAAAGAAAUUUGAGGUUGCACUUGUUAAAUACCCAAGUAGUAGAUUUAGUAGUGUCUCAAGAUGGCAAAUGGUUGGUAAAGAGGUUGGUAUUACACCAAAAGCUGCAGCAUUAAGAUAUAAUCAAAUGUUGAGCCAGUUAAUGCCAAAAAAGCCAUUAGGACUAUCCAAUUCAUCAUUACCAAUAACUAUAGCCUCAACCAUUACAACAACCUCAACAACACCAGAAAAGGACUCAUCCCUUGGAAAAAGAACAAGAAGAACAAGUGGAUCCAAAGAAUCACCAUUAAAAAAAGAAAAAACAUCCCAUGAAACUGAAGGUUCAAUUAUCCAAUCUCCUCAAGACACCAAUAUAUUAAAUUCAAAUGAAAUUGAAGAUCUUUUAUCAAAAAAUGAUUCACUUUUAGAACAAAUGAAAGCAAAUAUAAUGAAAAAUGAAAACCCAUCAAUUCCAAAUUUAAAUGAAAUUAUCGACAAUAUAAAUAACUCUAUAAAAAUGACCGAGAAAUGGAAAUCGACCAAUAGCAUGCCACCAUUACCAUUAAAAGUUAAUGAUAUGAUUGUAAAAAUGUUAUCACCCAAAACAAAUCUAACACACCAGCCAACAAACAAUCCAUUUAAUUUAUUAAACAAAGCCAAUAUAACACCAACUACCAAUCUAAGUAAAAGAGGUUUAUCAAAAAAUGCAGAAGAAUGGAAUUUAGUUUAUGAUGAAGAGUAAUAAUAAUUAUAAAUAAAAAUAAAAAUUGUAUAUUAAAAAAAAGGGGUCAUAUUAUGAAUGUGUAUAUUAGCAUUAUAUUUAUUAAAACAAUAGAAAAAAUAAAAUAAAUAGAAAUAAAAAUAAAAAUAAAGUUUUUUUAAAACUAAAAAAAUAAAUAUUUAUUAUACUAU